AAUACAACUAUACAAAUAAGGUAAAAAUUGAUGCACGAACUAUAACAAGCACAAGUUGCUUGUUUGUUUAUUUAAAGAAAAUGUGCGAGUGUGAAGACUAGUAAUUACUAAAUAUCAGUACUGCUGCUGUGACUGCAGUUGUCUCUGCGAUAACCAUGAAGCUAAUGUGGGGGCAGCUGUUCCCUCUCGCAGCUGCUCUGUCCCGAUAUCCCACAUCCAUCGACUGUUUUUGGAUCUUAUAUAAUAUCCCAAACUAAUUAGGAGUUAUUUUACCUGCUAUUACAUCUGGACACCAACUGCAUGCGGCACUGUCCCUGAUUUGAACAUAUGCGCGUUUCAGCACGAAACAUUUGAAGAACAUUGACAGCAAACUCACCGGUGCCUAUCACUUCCGGUUUGUUGCCAAGACAACGGUUGCACGCCUCCUCUAAACUCAAAGUCACAACAAACGCUCUUUCCUAAUGGAAGCUUAAACGUUUUUUUUUUGUCGCAAUCACGCAGCUUUUUUGUCGUUUUUGCUCCGAUUUGGGAUACUCAUAUAACUAUGAGUCAACGACAGAUUUUGCAAGUGUUUGAGCAGUACCAGAAGGCAAGAACACAAUUUGUGCAAACUGUAGCAGAUCUUGCAGCAAGACCACAAAAUACUGAAACACUUCAAAAUGCUGGUGUAAUGUCCCUUUUGAGGCCUCUCCUUUUGGAUGCAGUCCCAACUAUUCAGCAGACAGCAGCUCUGGCUCUCGGAAGGCUUGCCAACUAUAACGAUGACCUGGCUGAGGCUGUAGUAAAGGGAGACAUUCUUCCUCAGCUUGUGUACUCCCUGGCUGAGCAAAACACACAGCGUUUCUAUAAGAAAGCUGCAGCAUUUGUGCUUCGGGCUGUUGCUAAGCACUCCCCUGAACUGGCCCAGGCCGUGGUGGACUGUGGAGCACUGGACGCGCUUGUCAUCUCCCUGGAGGAGUUUGACCCUGGGGUCAAAGAGGCUGCUGCAUGGGCAAUAAGCUACAUUGCCAGACAUAAUGCACAGCUGUCUCAGGCAGUGGUUGAUGCUGGAGUUGUGCCUCUGCUCGUGCUAUGCAUCCAGGAACCUGAAAUUGCCCUGAAGAGGGUUGCAGCUUCCGCUCUGAGUGACAUAGCCAAACACUCCCCAGAGCUGGCUCAAACCGUGGUGGACACUGGGGCAAUCGCCCACCUAGCACAGAUGAUCCUAAACCCAGAUGCCAAAUUGAAGAGGCAGGUUUUUUCAGCUCUCAGCCAAAUCGCCAAGCACUCCGUAGACGUAGCCGAGAUGGUGGUGGAGGCCGAGAUAUUCCCCGCUGCAUUGGUUUGCCUAAAGGACCCGGAUGAAUAUGUUCGGAAGAAUGUUGCCACUCUUAUUCGGGAAAUCACAAAACACAACCCUGAGCUGUCCCAGAUAAUAGUGAAUGUGGGGGGCGUAGCAGCUGUGAUUGACUACCUCGGGGACUCCAAAGGGAAUGUACGCCUGCCGGGGAUCAUGAUGCUGGGCUAUGUGGCUACACACUCCGAGAACUUAGCCAUGGCUGUGAUUGUAUCUAAAGGAGUGCCACAGUUGGCUAUCUGUCUGGAGGAAGAGCAAGAAGAUCACAUCAAAGCAGCAACAGCUUGGGCAUUUGGCCAAAUCGGCCGACACACACCCGAGCAUGCAAAAGCUGUUGCUGUGGCCAAUGUGUUCCCUAAACUCCUAAAUCUCUAUUUGGACACUGAAAGUGCUGAAGAUCUGCAGGUCAAGGCCAAGAAGGCACUGAAGAGCAUCCUUCAGAAGUGCACUUAUCUACCAGCACUGGAGCCUCUUCUCUAUGAAGCUCCCAGCAACAUUCUUAAACAUGUCAUCUGCCAGUUCAGUAAGGUUCUUCCUCAUGACAGUAAGGCACGUCGCUUGUUUGUUACCAGUGGCGGUCUGAAGAAAGUACAGGAGAUCAAAGCAGAACCUGGUUCUGCAAUUCAGGAAUAUAUCAAUGCAAUCAACAACUGCUACCCUGAAGAGAUUGUCAGGUAUUAUUCUCCUGGUUACUCUGAGACCUUGCUGGAAAGGGUUGACAACUAUCAGCCAGUGUGAUUUUCUUCACUGAAACACUUGUGGAUGCCUUUUUAAAAGCUGUGAAAAGGGAAAAUUUACCAUACUAUUGAUAACAUCUGUAACAUCUUAUGUAAAAAAAACUAAAAAAAAAAAACUAUUAAAAUGUAUGUAUGCUAGCAUUUUGAUUUAGCUUUGAUGUCUUAACUUGUUUCAUGUUUAGAAGCAGGCUGGAAAAAAAACAGGAUAAAACAUAUCAGCGAAGUAGUAGCUAAAUAUCAUACCGUUCAUGAGAACCGGCCAUAUUGCCGAUGUGUUGCUUCGUCAAUUCGUCAAGACAUCUCCCCAUAGCAUAUUUUCAUCCUCUUCUACAAUCCACCCUUCAUUCCCAACAACUCACCACAAGGUCGUGCAGCAUUGCUGUCAUCGUUAUCGCUUCACGGAGCAAAGAGCAGACCGCUCAGUUUCACACUGCUGUGGGCUACUGGCAACAUGAACCUCGCAACACGAAGCUCCUCGAACCAAAGGGACUUAAUACCCUUGUCUCAUACACAUCACAGGGUUCAGUACACGGGUGAACGUUGCCUCCAUGUCUCCACUGGCGCUGAAGCUUGUUUAGAAUUUGACCCCAUGAAAAUGCGAAAAUAAAAGAUUGCAAAUGUCUCAAGGUUCUUAACAGAGGACUCGCACAAUUAUAAUUAUGCCUAUACAAUUUAGAAUAUUUAAGAAAAUAAAAAGCCUAAAGACCACUGAUCUAUAUAAAUGACUCGAUAAAUAUUAUAGAUUAGUGCUAAAGGCCCUAAUAACUAGCGAUUGACAUUUAACACGUCAUGAACAAACAACAACUAUUAAAAAGCGAGUAGUCAACUUCCGCGUUCAUGUUAAAAUGUUUAUAAUAAAUGCCCGCAGAACAGGAACUAACGCUCGAAAGGGAACGUAGAGAACACAAAUAUGAUCGUUACCGAGAAACGAGCCCAGAACAUUUGAUUUUCAUUGGCAAUUACACAUUCACUUAUUAUCGCCCCCUGCUGUCUUAUUUGUGUAUAAUGUAGGCUACACAUUAAAGAGCAGCUGUUAAAC